AUGACAGAUAAUAAUAAUAAUAAUAAUAAUAAUAAUAGUAAAAGUAAAAAUGACAAAGAUGUAAUAGUAAUGGGAUUUGAAGGAAGUGCAAAUAAGCUUGGUAUAGGUAUUGUUAAACAAGAUGGUACUAUAUUAUCAAAUAUAAGACAUACCUAUAUUACACCACCAGGUGAAGGAUUCCUCCCAAAAGAUACUGCUAAACAUCAUCGUAGCUACAUUAUUACAUUGGUACAACAAGCAUUAAAAGAGAGUAAUCUAACAGCAAAUGAUAUCGAUUGUUUGGCCUAUACCAAAGGACCUGGUAUGGGUCCACCAUUGAGAUCAGUUGCUGUCACUGUUCGUAUGCUUUCUCAACUUUGGAACAAACCAAUCGUCGCUGUUAAUCAUUGCAUAGCUCACAUUGAAAUGGGUAGAUUGAUCACUGGUGCUGUCGAUCCAACAGUACUCUAUGUCAGUGGUGGCAACAGUCAAGUGAUAUCAUAUUCUAUGAACAAGUAUAGAAUAUUUGGUGAAACAAUAGAUAUUGCUGUAGGUAAUUGUCUAGAUCGAUUUGCUCGUGUAAUCAAUAUACCAAAUGACCCAUCACCUGGUUAUAAUAUCGAACAAUUGGCUUCAAAAGCAAAAGUUGAUGCUCAAAAAGAAAAUAGAGAAUGUAAACUAAUAGAAUUGCCCUAUAUUACAAAAGGAAUGGAUGUAUCUUUUUCUGGUAUAUUGUCAUCUGUAGAAUCUAUUGCAAAGAAUGAUUUCCGUAUUCCAGGAGGAAACAUGCUAACAGGAGAAAAGAAAAAACAAAACAAUGGUGGUGGUAAAGGAAAGAACAACAAACAACCAGAUGAACAAUGUACAGUCGAAGAACUGUGUUACUCGUUACAAGAGACUGUAUUUUCCAUGUUGGUGGAAACUGCCGAAAGAGCUAUGGCCCAUUGUGGACAAAAUGAAGUGUUGGCAGUAGGUGGAGUAGGUUGUAACAAAAGAUUACAAGAAAUGAUCACCCAAAUGGUAUCUCAAAGACCUGGUGGUAAAUCUUUUGGGAUUGAUGAAAGAUAUUGUAUAGAUAAUGGUGCAAUGAUUGCUUGGGCUGGUUAUCUCUUGUUCAAAUAUAAUUCUCCCACUCCUUUAAAUCAAACAACUACUACUCAAAGAUUUAGAACCGAUGAAGUAGAUGUAACUUGGAGGUAG